AAUUAAAUGCAGCAUCUUCUCUACUGUCAGUGUGAGCUGCAGAAGCACUGCUCUCAAAAGGCGUAUUUAGGAGGAGAUCGAGUCGGUGAACAUAAUGUUAAGGCUCAUUAUAAAACAGCAUGGAACGUAUUAACCACUUUCGGAGACACUGGAAUUUAAAAGCGCCCCAAACGUGCCUACUUCGUGUCUUUUAGUAACGCCUUUGCUAAAAAUGCAUGUGCAUUUCAAAGUUGACACAGUUAUUUUAAAAGCAUGGCUUCCAUUUGUCAUUACCUAGAGGUAUGGCAAGUCUCUAUAACCACUACUCGGACAUCAGAAGAGUUCUGCAAAAAGUGCUGGUCAUGUUUUCAAUUUUCACCCUGUGCGCUUCCCUGUUUUACUUAUUGGCCGGCUGCUGCAACUCUUUGCCUUUGGAUAUUGUGGACAGCAUUGCUGUGACCCAAUCUCCCCAGUUAUUUUACAAAACGUAUGGGGAAAGAUUUGAAAAGAAUGUCUCAAAUUCCACUAGUGGCAUGGUGGCCCCGGCUCCAGUUAUAACAUCUUUAGAAGGUACAAGAGCUUCUGGAUCGGAAAACGACAAUCCUGGCAAGGACUGGACAGCGGUGCGAAGGCUACCGCAAGCACUGAUCCUUGGAGUUAAGAAAGGAGGAACUCGGGCACUCCUCGAAUUUCUGCGACUUCAUCCCGACAUUCGAGCUUUGGGAUCCGAACCGCAUUUCUUCGAUAGACAUUACGCAAGAGGGAUGAACUGGUACAGGAGCAUGAUGCCUAAAGCCCUUGAUGGACAGAUUGUAAUGGAGAAGACUCCAAGAUAUUUUGUGACAGCUGAGACGCCUGCACGCAUCCACUCCAUGUCAAAGGACAUCAAGUUAAUUGUUGUGGUGCGGGACCCAAUUACAAGGGCAAUUUCCGACUAUACGCAGAUUAUAUCUAAAACUCACGACAUCCCCAGUUUUGAAACGCUUACUUUUAAAAACAGGACUACAGGACAAAUUGAUUCCCUUUGGAGUCCAAUCUGGAUUGGACUUUAUGCUCAACACUUGGAGAAAUGGCUUGCCUACUUUUCCUUGUCACAGAUCCACUUUGUUCAUGGGGAAAGACUGAUAAGUGACCCAGCAGGAGAACUAGGAAAAGUCCAGGAUUUUCUUGGCCUCCAAAGAAUCAUUACUGACAAACACUUUUACUUCAACAAGACAAAGGGGUUUCCUUGUCUGAAGAAACCAGAAGGAAGCAGUAAGCCUCACUGCCUAGGCAAAACAAAAGGCAGGACACACCCAAAAAUUGACACUGAAGUAAUCAAAAAACUGAAGGAUUUCUACCAUCCUCAUAAUCUGAAAUUCUACCAAAUGGCAGGGCAGGACUUUGGUUGGCAGUAAACUAGACGGCUUAUUCAUGAAAGAGACAAUAAGAAACACAGUUUCUUUAAGGAAAAGAACCGCAAAGCAUCACUUGAAAUUAUUUAUUAUAAAGAAACACAUGUGCAAUGUGUUUAGUUUUCUUUACUUGAACUGCCAACAUACCAUCUAAAAGCCGUAUACCAACUGCUGUAAUUCAGAAAUGUUCAGAAGACCCCAUUCUUACUGUUCCUUGUUGUCUUGUAGAUCAGUGACAAAUUCCAUGUCCGGAAAGCAUGUGUCACUCCUUGAGCAAAAUUACAGAUCCCUUGAACAAUGUUGAGGAAAGGCAGCUAUCUACAAUAAACACGCUGUUACAAGCAAGUACAUAAGCAAGUAUCGAUCCAUUCCUGUGCAUUUAAUAAGGUUAAUUUUUAAAUACUAUACAGUAUGUAUAUUCAUUUAAAGACUAUAUAGAAGAUCAUUACAUGAAGAGACUUAAGUAGUUUGAUUCUGGUUCUGUGAAUUGAUUUGAAUUCUGGCAAAAAGUCCCAUAGAAUUAAAGAAAAAUGACUUAAAGGAGAUGUGAUUUUGACCACAAUAUUAAUAUUUAUUGUAUAUACUGUAGCAUCAAGGUACUAAUGCUUUAUGAAUACAGUCCAAUAUAUUUUUCCAAGGACACAAAUAAUACUGUUUUUAUUCAAUUCUCAACUGGGUGGUUCUAAAAUAUUUGUAUUAAUUUGAUGAGGUAAUAACAUUGUUUUAUUAAUCUUUUUUGGAACUGUGUCCUAUUUUGAUUGAAGUGCAAAAGCAAGAUUGAACCCCAUCUACCUGCAACUGAGACCUGAAUUAAAUGAAAGUCUAUGGCGGCGCCAUAUGGCUAGAUAGCACCAUCAUUUUGAUUUAAUCCAGGCCUAAAUGGUUUCUUGCUAGUUUUUUUAUGAUUAUUUGGAAUGUUUUCCAUAACUAUUAAAAACUCAAUAGUGCUGAAUUAAUACUAAAAGAAACUGAAAUUCAUUGACAAACAUUUCGACUGGAGGUCUUCCAUCGAAAUGUUUGUCAUUGAAUUAUGGUUUAUUUUAGAAUUUCUUUGGAAUGCGUUACUCAAUUGAGUGAAUUCAUAUUUUACUGCUUUGAAAUUCUACUGGAAACAAUAUGAUUUUGUAGCUAGUAUUUUUAAAAAGUGUGUGUGGGGGGGGGGGUUAAGCAAGGGACAUACUGUACAAUGCGUCUCAUUAUAGGAAGACCCAACUAUCUCUUCAGUAUUAACACUGUCAUUUUACCAAUUGCUUUAUCUAACUUACGAAAGCCAUAAAUAUGUCUAUUUUAUUGAUCCCUUUUUUCAAAUCUGUAAAUGCAAAUUUAAUUAAUUUAAUACUGUAGUUUUAUUAUGAAUGUUCAUGAUACUGGAAGUAGCAGUUCUGAAGAAGUAUGAUCAUGUUUCUAUUAAAAUGUGUCCAAUAUCACAAGUGUACGUUAGAGAAUAAUGCUAGCAAAUAAAACACUAUUUACAAUAAAUAAUGUUCUGUAUCUGAUGCUAGCUCUUGUCCUUGUAUCAGUUAGGAACUCAUUCCAUUAGUUGUAGUUUAAAUUAAUAAGGUAUUAAUUCAAAUUGAGAGGAAGGACAAUAAAAGAAGACUAUGAUGCAUCACAAGCACCACACUUAUAAUGUCUUACAUUUGCAUGUACUUUGCACUAGUUCUGUUUCAACUUCAGGAUGUUAACAUGAAGGAAUUCAAUAAAUAUUCUGUUAUUUGUU